UCCUUCCUUCCAUUUCCUUCUUUUCCCCCUCCAGCUGGUAAUGCAAUAGCUGGGCCUCUGGGGGCAUUGUGAGACUGCUCGACAGAGCAUGCUCCUCAGCACCUACUGUGGGCUUGGUUGGAACUCGUGGAGAGAGUAGACUAGGCCUCUGCAACGCCUUGUUGAGAAUCCCAAAGGGGCCUACACAGACAGAUUUGAGGUCUCCUAGUGGCCUGAGGCUUUCAAAAUGGACGGUUUCCUGCCAUCGAGAGGACACAGCCUGUGCUGUGUGCGAUGCUAGAUCCUAAGCAUGUUUACACUUAAGCAGGAAGAAUGGAGGCAGACGGCUGCCGGAAAGGAGAGGGAGGCGACGAGCUCUGAUGAAUAAGGGCGAGUCCAGAAGAGAGAUCUGCAUGAAGACGGAACUGUUAAAAGAUAUCACCAACAACAAAGAGGAAGGAUUUAAUGCUAUGGCAGCUGAUGAAAGUGCCAUAGAGAAGCAAGUUGGGGAACCAAAGAUGGCCCCCGAUGGCGAAACCAACGGCUCCUACGAAUGCAACGAAGCAAAGAGCCACCCAAGCGCAGCUAAGAACACUCAGGACAAUGUAAAAGUGAGCCAAGGGGACUCAACUGCUAAGCUGAGCAGGAUAGCCGAGAACGGCAUUUCUGAGAGAGACAGUGAUGCCGGGAGGCAGAUCCACAUAAGAGCAAACGAUUUCACGCAGACGUCUGUCAUGGGGAGCAAUGGGUACAUUUUGCCGAAGCAGAUGGCUCCGGAGCCGCCCGUACGGACUGCUGGCAGCGCUUUUGCCUCCCUCAUGGGCCAUGCCGCAAAAACGCUUCCCCCGGGAGGAAGCAAGGGGAAGGCACUCAGCACCUUUUCCCAGCCGCAAGCUGCUCUGCCGGCUAAGCUUGGGGAGGGCAGUAAAGACGGUGAGGCUAAGAAAGUGGCAGCGGCGCAUGCCAGCAUCAAGAUCCACAGAGCUCGGAAGACGAUGCCCAAGUCCCCCUCUAUCCUGCAUACAAGUAAAGACCCCAAAGAAGCACCCAAGGAAGAUGGCAGCAAGCAUGUUUUGGAAUUUGGGAAGCCCCACUCUUUGCCCCCUCUCCCUGGCCUUCACUCAUCUCUACCUCAGAACCAGAGCUAUGUGGCUGCUUCAAGAUCACAGACAGCUGCGUCAGUAUCUAGGAAGAAAAAGCGGAGAAUGGGAACGUACAGCCUGGUCCCCAAGAAAAAGACCAAAGUUUUGAAACAGAGAACUAUGAUCGAGAUGUUUAAGAGCAUCACCCAUUCCUCUUCAGGUGGCAAGGGCGAAAAGGGUGAUGCCAGCCCUCAUGUGAAUGGGGAAAGCUUAGACAUGGAUUCUGAAGAGGAGGACUCUGACGACCUGGAAGAAGAAGAUGAACAUGGAACGGAGCAGCCAGCAGCCUUUCCUGCAGAGGACAACCGGACGGCUAAGGAGGGGUCCGCUGACAGCAGCAACGCCAGAAAGAUCAUUGACGGUGAGUCUGAGGAAGAGCAGGACUCGGGAGAAUCCGCGGAAGAAGAGGAAGAUGGCGACGAAUCUGACUUGAGUUCCGAAUCCAGUCUCAAGAAGAAGGUGAUGAAGAGGAAAGGGAAGAUGGACAGUCCCUGGCUGAAACCCACCCGGAAGAGGAGGCGGAAAAGUAAAAAGAAACAAGCUGGGGGAUUAGGUUCGGAAGCCUAUAAGCCGUCUUUGGGGAACGGAGAAGAAGGCAGGCUGGAGAACAACAUGGAGUACACAGAAGUGUCUCUGGAUUCCUUGGAUCUCCGAGUAAAGGGAAUUCUAUCUUCGCAAUCAGAAGGUCUUUCCAGUGGCCCUGGAGCGACGGAAGCAGACGGUCUUCAGGAAGCGCCUCUCUGUAGCUGUCGAAUGGAAACUCCCAAAAGCCGAGAGAUCACCACACUCGCUAACAACCAGUGCAUGGCGACGGAAAGCGUGGACAAGGAGCUAAGCCGGUGCCCAAACCGUGUGCUGAAAUACGAGCUGAUGCGCCCAUCUAACAAGGUCCAGCACUUGGUGCUGUGUGAGGAUCACAGAGGGAGGAUGGUGAAGCAUCAGUGUUGUCCAGGUUGUGGCUUCUUUUGUGCAGCGGGCACUUUCAUGGAGUGCCAGCCAGAAAGCAGCAUUUCCCACCGUUUCCACAAGGAUUGUGCCUCCCAGGUCAAAGGCACAAGCUACUGCCCGCACUGCGGGGAAGAGGCCUCCAAGGCCAAAGAAGUGACUGUAGCGAAGGCGGACACCACCUCCACACUUCUGCUGAGCUAUGAGCCGAAGAAACCUGGGACUUCAGAGGGGAGGGCAGACACGACGACUGGAAGUGGGACUGGAGCACAGCUGUCCGAAGAAGGAAGGUCUGAGAGUUCAUCUGCCGAGGGGUUCGACUUGGCCGGGACGUCUACCUUCCCCAAGCCUGCCCCAGCUGGUCUGUCCCAGGGGCCAGUUAAAGAAACCUUGGAAAGCGCCUUGAUUGCCCUAGAUUCAGAAAAACCGAAGAAAUUACGGUUUCACUCAAAGCAGCUUUACUUCUCUGCCAGACAAGGGGAGCUGCAGAAGGUUCUUCUUAUGCUGGUGGAUGGGAUUGAUCCCAAUUUCAAGAUGGAGCACCAGAACAAGAGGACCCCUCUCCAUGCAGCUGCAGAGUCAGGACACGUGGACAUUUGCCACAUGCUGAUUCAGGCUGGCGCUAAUAUAGACACCUGCUCUCAGGACCAGAGGACCCCCCUUAUGGAAGCAGCGGAGAAUAACCAUCUUGAGACUGUGAAAUACCUCAUCAAGGCUGGAGCAUUAGUUGAUCCCAAGGAUGCGGAAGGUUCCACAUGUUUGCACCUGGCAGCCAAGAAGGGUCAUUACGAUGUGGUGCAAUAUCUCCUGUCCAAUGAGCAGAUGGAUGUCAACUGUCAGGACGACGGAGGCUGGACCCCAAUGAUAUGGGCUACCGAGUACAAGCAUGUCGAGCUGGUGAAGCUGCUGCUGGCCAAAGGGUCAGACAUCAACAUCCGGGACAACGAGGAGAACAUUUGUUUACACUGGGCUGCUUUUUCGGGGUGCGUCGACAUUGCGGAGAUCUUGCUAGCUGCAAAGUGUGACUUACAUGCGGUGAACAUUCAUGGAGACUCCCCUCUGCACAUUGCAGCCCGAGAGAACCGCUACGAGUGUGUAGUCCUCUUUCUCUCCCGUGGUUCGGACGUGGCCCUGAAAAACAAGGAGGGCGAGACUCCCCUGCAGUGUUCGAGCCUCAACUCUCAAGUCUGGGUUGCUCUGCAGAUGAACAAGACCCUCAAAGAAUCAAUUCCCGACAAGCCUGCCCAGGUGGAGAAGAUACUGAGCAGAGACAUUGCCCGGGGUUACGAGCGUAUCCCGAUUCCUUGUGUCAAUUCUGUCGACAGUGAGCCCUGCCCUAGCAACUACAAAUACGUUUCCCAGAACUGCGUGACGUCCCCCAUGCACAUUGACAGGAACAUCACUCACUUGCAGUACUGUGUCUGCAUAGAUGACUGCUCCUCCAGCAAGUGUAUGUGUGGACAGCUGAGUAUGCGCUGCUGGUAUGACAGGGAUGGCCGGCUCCUCCCGGAAUUCAACACGGCUGAGCCGCCUUUGAUCUUUGAGUGCAACCACGCCUGCUCGUGUUGGCGGACUUGCCGGAAUCGUGUCGUGCAAAACGGGCUCCGGGCGCGGUUACAGCUUUUUCGGACGCAAAAGACAGGCUGGGGUGUGCGGACGAUGCAAGACAUUCCAUUGGGAACCUUUGUUUGCGAGUACGUUGGAGAGCUAAUUUCUGAUUCGGAGGCAAAUGUACGGGAAGAAGACUGCUAUCUUUUUGACCUUGGCAACAAGGACAGAGACGUGUACUGCAUAGAUGCCCGGUUCUAUGGCAACAUCAGCCGCUUCAUCAACCAUUUCUGUGAGCCCAACCUCAUCGCUGUGCGGGUUUUCAUGUCCCAUCAGGACCUGCGCUUCCCCAGAAUUGCAUUCUUCAGUAGCAGGCCCAUCCAAGCAGGGGAAGAGAUUGGGUUUGACUAUGGUGAGAGGUUCUGGAACAUCAAAGGCAAGUACUUCAGUUGCCUGUGCGGUUCCCCCAAGUGCAGGCACUCCACUGCAGCUCUGGCUCAGCGGCAGGCGAGCACAUCAGCGUCCCAGGAGGCAUCAGAGAACCGACUCCCUGACACCAGCUCUGCAACAGUGGCAGCGGUUGCCCCAUUUUGAGGUCUUUGUAGACCUAGCCACCCCGGAAAAAGAAUGAAAAAAAUCCACAGAUUGUAUGAUAUUUUUUUUUAUAUAUUUUCAAGAAAGGAUAUCCCAAAAAGCUCUGUGGCAACUCUAGCAUUGUGACUGUUACCUGAGGAAUGGACAGAUGGCUUGUGUAUAUCAGACGCGUGCAACCUUCCUCUUGCACCCGCGACAUGCCAUGAAGUAGCUGGCCUGCCGACACGGGUAAAGGGGCCGGUGCCUUCCAUGCCGAAAGACCCCUGCUGGCCUCUCUUAAUGUGAUACCUGUUCCCCGAGCCAAGGGAGAGGUCUUCCGCCCCCACUCUUUCCCCCCACACCUGGAAGGACAAAAACGGAAUGGCUGGCUGGUGCAGAGUCUGUCCAGUUCAUUUGUAAUAAAACUCUGAAUACUUGACAACGAUGAUGGCUAUAGCUUGAAGCCAAACCCAACUCCUUCGCACAACCCGGGGGCAGGCUUAGCUUUCUGGCUCGGCUUUCCUUUCUCAUUCAUCGUCUGAGGAUCGAAACGGCGUCUUCUUUCGAACAGGCGCCUGCUUGACCUUAGCCAUGGAUUUGCUGUUCUCGGCCACUGCCACCAUCGUCUCUUGAUCUGCCCAGGGUUCGCAGAGGGUCUCCCAAGUCUAAUCAGGGCUUCUCUGUUACAGACCAGUGCUUGAGCACAUUUUCUUUUUCUGGUUCUCUCCCCACAACGGCCAUUCUUUCUCUCUGUCAUGCAAGGAAGCUUACAAGGACAUGUCUUGCACGACGCCAACUCUUAAAAACAAAAGAGUUACUGUUCACUUGUUUUUAAAUUCAGAAACCUGGCAUUUACAGAGACCCUCUUCUGGGCAUUUCCCGAAGCAGACACUCAGUCUGGGCACUCCGAGGACACGGCAGCAGGAAAAGAUUUAUCUGUGCCAUCGCCGUUGCUUUUCUGGGUCUGUCCUUUUCCUCCCCCCCCCCUUUUAAGCUACAUAUUAUGAGGUUGACGUUAUUGAACUUAAUUUCUCUUUUACCAUUUGGGGGGAGGCUGAACAGAAGAGGAACCCCCCCCUCCCCCGAGCAACUAAACGGUGCUGAUUCUAGUGUGAUUUUUACUCACUACUAUAUGAAAUAUAAAUUUCAGUUGUAUAAUAAAAGAAAAAGAACAAAGUGAUUUUAGUAUAAAAUGCAGGGACAAAACCCCACAAAAACCUUUUUUUAAAAUUGUUAGUAUUGUAGUGGGAAUAAAUCCGUCAUCACCUUUUGUGUGGUGGCAAAGCAGAUCAUUUAAUUUUUUUUUCAUAUAUCUCUUUAAAUACUGUAAUUAGUGCAGUACCAGGUUUGGGGUCUUUUUUUGUUUUUCGUGGGAGUUUUUUUUUGGGGGGGAGGGGUGCAUCUGUUCUAAACCGUUCAUAUUGCUGGGUGGUUCCACCCCUCUUUCUGUUAAAUGUUUUUUGACAGUUUCAAAGGUGCCAUCUUUGGGCUCCUGUCAUUUCCUUGUUCUGUUUUCAAUGAGAUCAAUAAAAAGUGCUUUAAAAA